CACCGAUUGCUGUUAAAGUUGUUGGGACCCUCAUUUUCAUCGGAAACACUACAAAAACAACCGACCUAGAAACUCUGUCUUUUAAGGUUUCCAUUUCUGUGUACACAGUUCCAAUUUCCAAUUCCAACCGUUAGUUCCUCUUGGAAAAAACAGGGACUUCUCAGAUUCAGGCAAGGUUUUUGUAGACAUGGAAGACAAAUCAACUCUCUCCCUGAAGAUCAAGACCAAUGAUGAAAAAGAAGGUGAUGUGAAGGAAGAUAAGAGUGAGUUAGAAAUAGAACUGAAGGUUAAAAACAAAUCAGUAGAGAAAAAGGAAAAGCAUAAGGAUGAAAAGAAAGCAGAUGAAUCAGAAAAUAUUGGCGAAGACAGCGGUGAGAAAAAGAAAAAGAAAGAAAAAGACGAAAAAAGUGGAACAAAGAAGCACAAAGAGAAAGACGGCAAGGAUGGCGAGGAGAAUUUGGAAAAGAAAGUAAAGGGGAAGAGUAAGGAAAAGAAAGAAAAGGUCGAACAAGUUUCCGAGGAUGAAAAGGGAAAAGACAAUGAAGAUGAUGGUGGUAGCAAGGAGAAAAAGAAGGACGAGAAGAAGAAGAAAAAGGACAAGGAUGAAGAAAUUAAAACAAAGAAGAACAAGGGGAAAGAAGAUGAAGGAGUGGAUAGCAAAGAGAAGAACGAAAAGAGCAAAAAGAAAGAGGAGAAGGAAAAGCACAAGGGUGAAGAAGUGGAGAAACUGAAGGGAAAGGGAGAAGAGGACGGUGGUGAAGAGAAUAAGAAGAAAAAGGAUAAGAAAGAAAAAGAGAAGGACAAGGAUGAGAAGAAAAAGAACAAGGAUGAAGAAGAUGUGGAGAAACCGAAGGGAAAGGGAGAAGAGGAUGGCGGCGAAGAGAAUAAUAAGAAGAAAAAGGAUAAGAAAGAAAAAGAGAAGAACAAGGAUGAGAAAAUCAAGCCUGAGAAAGACGCCGAAAAAACUGAUGAAGGAAAAGAGAAAAAGGAUAAAAAGAAAAAAGAAAAGAAAGACAAAGGUGAGGAAGAAGAGGGUGAAGUUGCUUCAAGAGAGUUGGUUGAACAAAAGAUUGAGAAGAAAGAGGAAGAUGAGGAAAAAGAUGAUGAGAAGGAAGGGAAAGAGAAGAAGAAAAAAGAAGACAGAGACAAAUCCGGUAAGAAGAGAAAGUUAACCGGUAAGGACAAACCCAAGGAUGUCACCAAAUUGAAGCAAAAGCUCGAAAAGAUCAAUGGAAAAAUAGAAGCACUUGUUGAAGAAAAGACAAACAUAGAAAAACAAAUAAAAGAAGCAGAAGGUGAAGGUAAUGUAGUCAUUGAGAAGGUUGAGUAGAUGUUCAUGACUAUGUAGCACCGACACGAUGUGUCUGGUACCUUGUCUGAUGUUCAAUACUUGUAAAUUAAUAGACCGUGUCUUUGUCGAUGAUACAUACAAUAAUAGACCGUGUCUGGUACCGUGUCUGAUGUUCAAUACUUGUAAUAGACCUAUAAAAUAAAAUCACUAUCAUGUUUGUAUGAAUAAACCGUGUCUUUGUCGAUGAUACAUACAAUACGAGAUAUGCUUUUUUAGCUUGAAUACAUUGUAUAAUAAUAAGUCAAAACUAGAUGGUACAUCUGUGUUCAAUUUCAUGCUUCAUCCAUUUUGAUUUCA